AUGAUAAGCAUACUUACUACGUACGAUAAUAGUUCGUCUGAUGAUAGUUUAGUAAGUCACCCACCAUCGUGUCCAAUCAUUCAGAUCCCAUUAGAUACAAAUCAACCUCCUCCCCCAAGUCUCCCUUCAUUGGGUACUAAGUUCUCCCUUCACCUGAAAGUAAGCGAAGCAUGUUAUCGAUGUUAUGAUGGAAAAGGCGAGUGCCGCCUUGAUGACAAGGAAGAACUUAAAUGUUCCGUUGGAAAAAAAGGAUACAACUCCCAAAAAAAGGAAACAGUCAAUUGA